GCGCAGUGGAGUCCAAUGCGCCUCAGGAUCAGCGCACCGGAGCGUGUGGACGGAAUGGACGCCAUGCUAGAAAACUCGGUCUUCUCCUGCUUUGUGUUUUACAGCAUACUGUUAAUCCUGAAGAUGUACACCAUUGCUUUCAUCACUGGACAAGUGAGGCUUCGGAAAAAGGCAUUUGCUAAUCCAGAGGAUGCAGAGCGCCAUGGAGGAGCACAAUUCUUCCGCACAGACCCAUACGUGGAGCGCUGUCGGAGAGCUCAUUUCAACGCCAUGGAAAAUAUCUUACCCUUCAUUUUUCUGGGUGCCAUCUACUCCAUGACAGGACCAUCACUGCUUAUAGCAAAAGUUCACUUCCUGGUCUUCUUCUUGGGUCGGAUGAUGCACAGUGUCGCCUACCUAUUUGCCCUAAAAGCACCAACACGCUCAUUAGCCUACAUCAUUGCUCAAGUUCCCUGUGUCUCAAUGGCCAUACAGAUACUUCUCACUGUGGGCUUUUCUGUAUGAG